ACAAGAAAUAAUUAAAGGUUCAAUGGGGAGACCUAAAGAUUUACGCAUAUGGGAGCACUACCGUACUUUACCAAACAAGUCUGUUUCUUGCAAGCUUUGUAAUAAGGUCUACAAAUUCAGUAAUGCUGCCAAAAUGCUUCAACAUCUUAUCACUUGUCCAAAAUCUCCAGAAACAUUAAAAGACUCUAUGAAACUUAUAAAAGAUAGCUCGUCCAAAACCAAAAUGUCUGGACUGUCAGAGAUAGAGACAAAUGAUUCUUUUAUAAGCCCCUCGUCGUCUGCUAACACUACAAUAAAUGCUGAGUUUCAAGACACCGAUGAUCAUAUAAAAACAGAAUUAGCGAGAGCUAUAUUUGUAACAGGGACGCCAUUAUCGAUGGUGCAACAUCCUUUAUGGAUACAAUUUUUCGAAAAAUUGCAACCAAAAUUUAAAAUACCUUCACGUAAAGCUUUAGCGACAAAAUACUUAGAUAAAAUAUAUAGAGAAAUGCGUUUUGAGUUAAAUGAGGAACUAAAUGCUUGUAGUUACUUACACCUUCAGUGCGAUGGCUGGUCUAAUUUAAGAAAUGAAGGAAUAAUAAACUUUCUUAUAUCAAAACCUCAACCUGCAUACGUUAAAAGUUUGAAUACAGAAAGUAAUCCUCACACUAGUGAAUACCUUAGCCAAGAAGUUGAAAAAGUAAUGAAAGUGUAUGGAGCAAAUAAGUUUCUUGUACUUAUUGGCGAUAACGCUAGAAAUAUACAAAAGGCAUUCGAAUUAACAAAACUCAAAUAUCCACAUGUUGUUCCUCUCGGUUGCUGUGCACAUAUCCUUAACUUGUUGUGCCAAGAUAUUGUAAAGAUACAAGAAGUAACUGUGUUUAUUAUGCAAGCCAUAAAUAUAAUAAAAACUGUUAAAAGGAGUCAACGAUUAAGUUCCUUGUUGAUAAAAUCAAGGCAGGGUGAAGAUUCUACACAAACACUAAAAUUGCCUUGUGCUACAAGAUGGGGAAGUCAUGUUACUUCGUUAAAAAGUUUGAAAGCAAAUAAGAUAGCUUUGCAAAUAUUAACAGUUAGAGAAGAUGUGGUAAUUUCAAGAGAUAUUAAAGAUUUAAUUCUAAGUGAUGAUUUCUGGACGAAGACAGGGGAAUGUAUAAGUAUUUUGGAACCAGUCACUGAAAGCAUAUUUUACUUAGAGAGCGACCAGAAUCGUUUGCAUCGCACAUACAUUACAUUUAGAGAUGUACAAGCUAAGAUACGUUUUGCAUUAAAUGAGAUUUCGACAUUGAGCGAAGAAAGCAAACAGCAGAUUCUAACAUCAGUAUCUUCAAGAUGCAAUAUGGCAAUGAGGCCAAUACAUUUUGCAGCAUAUAUUCUAGACCCCAGGACUCUAGGAGUCGAACUUACUCAAGAGGAAGAACUUAAGGGUAUGGAGUUUAUCUACAAUUUAAGCCAACACUUAAGUUUGUCAAAUGUAAUGGCAGAUUUGGCGUGUUAUAAAGCUAAAGAAAACUUUUGGGCCAGAGGAUUUGUAUGGAGCUCAUUAGAUAGCAUUGAGCCCCUAAUAUGGUGGAAAGGUAUUUGUGGUUCCACUGAGUUAAGCAAAGUAGCGAUUCGUAUUCUAUCAGCUCCCUGUACUUCGGCAGCCACUGAGCGUUCCUUUAGUAUCCAAGGCUACAUACAUAAUAACAAAAGAAAUCGACUUACAACUGAAAGAACUGAAAAAAUUUCAUUCAUUUGUUAUAACUGGAAUCUUAAACAUAAAGCUGAAUGCGAGGACAUUCAGUUUAAUGAAGAAAAUACCUUAGAAGCUUUCAUUGAGCAAGUAAAUGAACAUAACAGUUUAGACGAAAUAGAGCCUAUCGAACCUAUACAAUUCAUCGCUUGUAAUAACUCUGAAUCUGACAGUGAUUGACUGUAGUUUUACAUUUUACUUUCAUCUCUUUCUUAAUAAACUCAAAAUCAAAUUAAAAGUUUUUUAUUCUGUAGGCUGCAUAAUAAUAUUGUCUAUGUCCAGUAUAGUGGACGUCUUGCGGCUGAGAUGACGAUGAUGAAGUACAAAAUCAUAAACACCCAAAAAUUUGGGUGUUUAUGGGGUUUAAACCCAAUAAACCCAAAACACCCGGUUUUUACCCACCAGACUUUAAACCCACCCAGGUGGAUUGCCCAUCUCUAACUGUAUUAGAAG